AUGGGCUACUCUAAGUUUUCCAUGUACAAUUUUCUCUUCUUGAUCAUGGUUUUCUCUAUGGUUUUAGGCCAAAAAAAUGAUCAGAAAUUGUUAAACGAUAGCGAUUCGCUUGUUUCGUUCAUGUCUGGGAUUGUUUCUGAUCCACAUCAUGUACUAGAAAGUUGGAAUUCUUCCAACAUUCAUGUAUGUAACUGGACUGGAAUUGUAUGUGACAUGAAAAUCAAGAGAGUUGUUGAACUUGAUCUUAGUCACCAUUCGUUACGUGGGAAGAUUUCGCCUUCUCUAUUUGACCUCACUUUUUUGCAUAUUCUCGACUUGUCUGGUAACUUGUUGGAGGGCAGUAUACCAGCUGAACUAGGCCGUCUUUUAAGGCUUAAUCAGCUUAGUUUGUCUUCUAAUCUCCUCGAUGGGAAGAUCCCGAAUGAGUUAGGAUAUCUUGAUGAACUGAAGUAUCUUGAUUUAGGAAGUAACAAUCUUUCUGGUGCAAUUCCUGUGUCUUUGUUCUGUAACUGUUCCGCGUCUUUACAGUACAUGGACCUUUCUAACAAUUCGCUUAGCGGUGAGAUUCCUAUGGAUGAUCAUUGCGCGUUGAGUGGAUUGAAGUUUCUACUUCUAUGGUCUAAUGAACUUGUUGGUAAAGUUCCUCGAGCACUUUCUAAGUCUACGAAGCUUGAAUGGCUUGAUCUUGAAUCAAAUUCAUUUAAUGGUGAGCUUCCUUCUGAUAUCGUAAGCAAAAUGCCAAGGUUACAGUUUUUGUACUUGUCUUACAAUGAUUUUGAUAGUCAUAGGGAUAAUACUGAUCUAACACCUUUCUUCGCGUCUUUAGUUAAUUCUUCUAACUUGCAAGAACUCGAGUUAGCUGGUAAUAAUCUCGGUGGGGUGUUACCUCCUAUUAUCGGUAACAUCUCCAAGAACCUAGCGCAGAUUCAUCUAGACGAUAAUCUUAUCUAUGGUCCUAUCCCAACACAGAUUUCGAGUCUUGGAAAUCUUACUCUAUUGAACUUGUCUAGUAAUCAUCUCAAUGGUACAAUUCCUCGCGAGUUGUGCCAAAUGGGGAAACUCGAGAGGCUUUAUCUGUCGAAUAACUCACUCUCCGGUGUCAUACCUUCCGCUUUUGGAAAUGUUUCUCACUUAGGCCUUCUUGAUCUGUCGAAAAACAAGCUCUCUGGAAUGAUCCCUGAUACGUUUGCUGAUCUUCCGCAACUGAGGAGGCUUCUGUUGCAUGAUAACUACCUCUCUGGAACGAUUCCCUCGAGCUUAGGUGAAUGUGUAAACUUAGAAAUACUUGAUCUUUCUCAUAAUAGAAUCACGGGCGCGAUUCCAAGUGCAGUGGCUGGAUUGAGUAGUUUGAAGUUGUAUCUCAACUUGUCUA